UGACAGUGUUUGUUUAGAAAGUAGCCAUCGCGUGAUUUUUGUCUUUUGCAGCUUGGGAUUUUAAUCAUUUUAUAAGCAAAAUAAUUGAGUAAAAUCAUUCAAUUUCGUGGUUUGAGUAGGAAAUGGCCUGUGCGGUUCCCACCUGCCAGCUAACGGCAGCCGAGUGCGGAGAUGAUCUACGUCCGUUCCCGCCGAGGCGGCGCCUAGCGGAACGUUGGCUACAAGCGAUUCAAGUAGGAUGCGGUGUAGCGGCACAGGAGGACAUCAUACCCGGUGGCAUUAGCAAUGCGGCGCGCCUCAAACGAAUGCUGAUUUGUGCCGACCAUUUCGUUGAUCGUGAAGGGGUUCCGGCGGGCGAUUACCAGGAGCCGACACUUUUUUGCGAUAGCUCAGGAAACUCCAUCGAGGUGGCAAGUUGUCUUCUGUGCCUGCAGUUCCACGUAACAUCCGGUAUGGUCAACAAAAUGAAAUAUCGUAACGAAUCUUUUGUGCUCAACGAUUAUCAGGACGUGUUGGAGGACAACGAGCUGAAUUUUGAGCUUAUUUGUUCGGAAUGUGUAGCACGGAUCGACAUCUGUAACUCAAUUAAAAAGUUUUUCGAUGAAAAGAUGUUCCGGGAAUAUCCGCGAUUGCAAAAAAUUUGCUCAACAGAGGGAGCAUUCCGAAACGAUUACCAUGAUGAGGUGUCUUUCGAUCAUUCCUAUGAAAAACUUAACCGUUUGAAUAAGAAAAUGAAACUUGACAAAGUUAGGGACGAUAAAGAAUCAUAUUCUCGGAACAAUCUUAAGACUCUACAGGAAAUUAAGUGCCACAUUUGUGACACUAUUUUCAAGAAUCAAAACGAUUUAUUAGAACAUUUGAACGAAAUACAUUCUAAAGGCAGUGAUUUCAAUUGUGAAGAAUGCAACCAAAGUUUCGAGAAGGUUACAUGGUACAAUCAACACCUACGACUACAUGCGGCCAAUGAUCGUCCAUACAAGUGUAAGAAAUGCUCGAUGGGAUUCUAUGUCUGGAAGCAUCUGAAAGAGCAUCAACAGGUUCACAUCAACGAAUCUCCAAAUACGUCGAGAGAUUCAGUUAACGAUGAGUCGCAAUGCAGUGCUUGUGACCUGAAAUUCAAAAACGACGACGCUAUGAGACGUCACAAGCAAAUGCACCACUCGAAAGAGUACCAACGGGAGAAACAACUUCGAACCUGCGGCCAAUGUGGUAAAGUGUUCGAUACCUAUCUGGAAUGCAUAGUUCACAAGAAAUCUGAGCAUCAAUUGUCGAAGACGGCUAAAUCGGCCAACCAAGGGUACCGUUGCCGUUUGUGCAAGGCACGAUUUGUGGGCCCUUUGAAGCUCGAUAGACACAUUAAAACCAAGCACCCAAAGGCGAAAUAUCCCUAUAUCAAAUGUCCCAAGUGCGAACAAAAGUUUUUCACCGAAUACGACGUUAGAGUUCAUCUCAAAACCAAAAAGCACGCUAAAAAUCGGGAGGUCGUUGUCGAAGACGAGUUAAACGGAAGUGUUUCUAACGAAGUCACAGAAGCCCCCUCACCAAAUGGUGAAAAAAUUCGCCGAAGCAAACCCACAUUUAUGCUAGAGAGCUACAACAAAGACGUAUCAUUUACGAAGGAAUGCAUCAUCGAAUUGGUAGAAAAGGAGCCCUUGUUAAUUAAAAUUCGCCAAAAGCUGACCUCACAGGACCCCGAUGUUGAGAUCACAAAAACCGAGAAGACUUUGCUCUGUCGAACGAUCUGCAAGGUCUUUUUCCAGGAAGCGCUCUACAACGAUAUGAAAAUUACUUUGCAACACAAAAUGAAACUGGCCCAGGUAAUCGUGGAAGCGUACGAAUGUUUACAAUCUGAUGAUCCAGACAAGCCACCUGAGGCCGAUUUCUUUUGGGAAUGUGGUGGAAAAAAAACUGGGGACCAUUCGGGAUUUAUUCACAACUGGGCACGCAACAGCCAGAGGAACGCCGUCGUGGCCGGCAUUCGAACAAAGCAAUUCGAGCGACCAAAAAAGAACAAAAAGACUCCCGAAGACAUAUUCGCGAACGAGACCCGUUCAAGCGAACCGACGCUAGACGAGGUAGAUGAUUUCGAUAGCUUCAUUAUGUGAACGGAUGUGAAGGCCUCUCAAACUUAAUUUUCGGGUUGACAUCCAUUUGUUUGUAUUUGAGAAAAUAUGGUAGUUCAUAUGGUGAAAAGUCAAUAAAAGCCAAUUAGAUUUUUA